AUGGAUGAUGAAGACGGCGACGGAGGUAUGGACAGUCCAACUGGGGGGAAAUCUAUUUCAGGGGCUGUUCCUGGUUUGACGCCUUUGCGACCCGGACAUGUGAGCGAAUUACCACAAGAAAUCGAGACAGAGAGCAGCGUCUUGAUGUCUACACCCCAAGCUGGUGGGUCCUCAAGUACCUUGUUGGGUACACCGACUUCAUCUAGAACCUUCACACGGCCCACUCUGAAAGGGUAUUUCAAUUCCAUUCUAGUAGAAAAUCCAUCGAGUCGGAGCCAGGCGCAAGAUAGACUGCGUUUUGCCAUUGCUAGGGAGGGUGUAUCAGCAACAAUCUCUUCGCAUCUAGAGGAGGCUCGAGAUAUUCACUAUGAGCCAAUAGAAGCGGAUGACAUAGAUGUCCAGGAGCCACAAGACGAUGAAUCGGGAGAGAACAGCCAUCCGACGGUAGGGGGCCUCCGUAUUCCCCGUCGUUCAGAUCGCAUUCGCGCCAAGAACGGAGCGACUCGAGAACCGUCCCCAUCGACAGCCCUAGCAGCUGUCUCAAAGAGUACCAACAACCGGGUGCAGAAAAGACGGAAGAAAACUGUGAUAAAGACCAAUUUGGGCACCGGAACACUUCGUCGUUCGGCUCGUCUCGCGAAGCCCCUUGACGUAUUCCACAAGUACCCCGAGCUCCCGGAGGAGCUUAAGUUAAUGGUUUGGGAAGCUGCGAUCCAACCUCGUCUGACAUACAUUUGCAACCGGUCAUCGAUUCUUGGGCAUGCCCAUAGUUUCGGUAUACAAAACAAAUUUCCUACUUGGUUCAUGGCAUGCCAGGCAUCUGUGUGGGUCGCCAUGCGAUGCUAUAAGAAGCUUUUUGGACAAAAAGACAUGAGCAUACACCCAUCAAUAGGAAUGACCUUGCGCCCCCAGGCUAUCAAUACUCAGGUCGACAUCGUCGUCUUUGAGCCAUGCCAUAACGGAUGUCGAGGCUACUACUGCGCCCAACAAUACAGCCGUGAAGACCGAGAUACUGUUGAAAGACUUGCAGUUCAGAUUGAUUCUCCACACCUCCCGCCGGGUUCAGAGCCCGGCUGGGCCACAAUCUCAAAAUCAUGGCCGGGUGUGGAGACGCUCUUUAUGAUGAAACCAGCAGUUAAGGGGCUGGAUCAGAGUGACAAAGCCAUGAUCCGAAUCAAGGAAGGUGAUCACGAGUUGGCUUUGCGUAAGGGAUUCGAGGCUUGGAAAAAGGACGCCGGAAAGAGUUCCAAGUUAACUACACUAGAGUUUGUUCGAAUAGUGGAACAGGAACCGGAUACCAAGAAGCUCCAAGAUCGAUAUCAGUCAGUCGAAGAUCGCAAGACCGGAUCCGUUGAGGACAUUAUCCUCGGUUAG